AUGAACUGGACACUAGAAUAUUUGGUUGAAGAGACUGAAGUGACUGUCGAUAUUGGCGUUGCUGUUGGCUCCUUCAUCUUGUCCGCUUGUGUGGUCUUAUUUAAUGGACUUCUUUUGUUGAGCGUCUUACUUCACUGCACAAAGACCAAAGUGACCACAAUCAAGCUUCUGAUCAUCAAUAGUGCGGCCGCUGAUCUUCUUCAAGGAGCCCUCAUCAAUCCUUUUCAUGGUUACCAAGCAUUUUCCGAGUGGAAACUUUCUAGAAUGUGGUGCGAAGCUUGGUCAACACUUGAACCAACUAUCUUUGUGAUUUCUACCUUGAGUCUUUUCUCUAUUAACAUUGAUCGCCUCAUCUAUGUCACGAAUCCAGAGAAGUAUUCCAAAUGCUUGCAGAUCAAAUUGACUGCUCUCUUGAUUGCCAUACCGUGGAUCAUGGGCAGUUUGAUCAUUCCACCGUUGUAUGUACUUGGUGAAGAUACGAGCUUUUUAAAACCACCCAAGGCGCCGCUCUGUGUACUUAUUCCCAAACAACCAGUGAUUAGAACAAUUUUUACUCUCUGUUCGAUAAUCGGUACAGCCAUUUUGAUAAUAUUCCUCGUUAUUUUUUGUAUGGUAUUUCGUUCGCCAGGCAUUCGAUCCUAUGGUCUGGUGAAAGAUACCGACAGUACAUCUAUCCGUAACAAAAUCCUGGCUCUUUGCACUGUAAAUUCUUUCUUCUUCUUGCUUCGAUUCCCUUGGAUCUACAGUCCGCAUUCAAUCCGUUUGCAUGGAUGGUGGAUAGAGACAUACGAGCCGCUUAUUCCGAUCUAUUUCUCUGCAAAGCGUGCCUUCCACGGAAUACGACUAGCCGAUGCGAUCAGCUACACCCAACAAGAAGCUGUAAGAACGACUCAAUGGCGAUUUCCACUUGUCGUUAUACUCAAUCUUCUCUUGCACAUCCGCCACGCGGUCCUGCCGGUGAAGUUACCCGGGGAAGUGGUAGGUGCCUGCCGGUUCGCCGUCUGUGGGGUCGUUCUUUCUAAAGGUGGUGCGGUUAAUGCGAUUAAUGCGGUGUCGCGGCGUUCCUGUCGGCGGCGGCCAGCGGCGUUCAAUUGUAAAAUACUUGGAAACUGCCAUCAGACAAAAUAA